AGAAUUAUCUUUUAGUUGGAAGUCUAUAUUCCAAGCAGGCUUUGAUUAUCAGUGUCUGAACUCACACAGAUUUGAUAUUUGUUUGGCUGAGAGAAGAAUCAGCCAUCAUGUCAACAAAGCCACAAAAUAUGCCCCAAGUGGCAAAGGUGAAAGACAAGUCUCCAGCCGAGAUGCAAAUAACUGCCGAGCAGCUCCUCAGCGAGGCCAAGGAACGAGAGUUGGAGAUUGUGCCUCCACCUCCAAGACAGAAGAUUGCAGACCCCAAGGAACUGCAGGAAUAUCAACUAAAAAAAAGGCGUGCAUUUGAAGACAACAUCCGGAAAAACCGUGGCAAUGUCUCCAACUGGCUCAAGUACUCCAAAUGGGAAGAGGAACAAGGAGAAAUACGUAGAGCUUGGUCAGUUUAUGAACGCGCGCUUGACGUGGAGCAUCACAACAUCACUCUGUGGCUCAAGUAUGCUGAGAUGGAGAUGCGCUGCAAGCAGGUUAACCACGCCCGAAAUGUGUGGGAUCGCGGAGUGACGAUCUUGCCACAAGCCAGCCAGUUCUGGUACAAGUACACCUACAUGGAAGAGAUGCUGCGCAACCCUGCUGGUGCAAGAGAG